AGAGAGAGAAGGUAGAGCGAGAGAGUGUAGAGAUAGAUAGAAAAAAGGGAGAGAGAGAGAUCAAUAGCCCCCUCCCCUGCCCACACCCUGCAGGAGGCACACACACGCAGUGUCAGACGCAGCUCUGGACCACUCAUAGACAGACACAGGCACGUGUAGCUUUUGGACGCCGCACACCCUGCUCUACGCUAUCAUGUCUGACAAACCCAAUAUGAGAGAAAUCUCCAGCUUUGACAAGACUAAGCUGAAGAAGACAGAGACCAGAGUGAAGAACCCAUUGCCAACCAAAGAAACAAUCGACCAAGAGAGGAAACGAGAGCCAUCGCCUUGACCAGAGGAAGAGAAGUGUUUCCGACCAGCUACUUUAAUUUGAUUCUCUGACCUCCAUCUGUCAAGAACCAUAACUAUGAAGGGAGAACAGGACCUUGACUUUUAUCACACUGGUGCUCAACAAAAUUGUAAAAUGAGGGGUAUUAGGAUUGGUUGCUAGUCAGAGGAUGUUUUCGAAACACUUAUUGCUCAAUGCUUUGUCUCUAAGUCAGAGUAAUAAAAUAUGACAAAAAGAUUUGUUCUAUCAUUAUGUGAACAGGUUGUGUACAUUCAAGUAGACUACAGGCCUAAACAGUGGCCAAGCCUCCAAAGGUAUAACGGUGCCAUAGCCACACUCGCAGAUAUUUAACAGAAUAUUGAGGUAUACUAUCCUCUUCAAAGCUAGCCUUCACAUCUCCCAAAACCUCGAGAAUAGCAGCUGCCGUUCAAUAAACUUUGAUUAGUUGCUA